AUGGAUUGGCUCCACAGCUGCGGUGUGAGCGCCACACACUACCUGCAGACCCACUACGGACACAACCAGGACUUCUUCUUUUUUGUCUCCAUGGCAACGGACUUACACAACACCUUCUUCCUGCUGUUCCCCAUCUGGUUCCAUGUACAGCAAGCCGAGGCGGUCAGACUGGUCUGGGUGGCAGUGGUGGGACACUGGACCAACCUGAUACUAAAAUGGCUUUUGUUUGGAGAGCGUCCCUAUUGGUGGGUUCAGGAGACAGGUUACUAUGGCAACUCCUCCCGGCCAGUGAUAGAGCAGUUUCCUAUGACCUGUGAGACUGGACCAGGAAGUCCAUCAGGUCAUGCCAUGGGGGCUGCAGGGGUGUACUACACCAUGAUGUCAUCACUUCUUGCCACCAUGCUGAGGAAUCAAAGAAGUCCCAUCAGGAAAUGGUAUGUGUUCAGCUCACUGUGGGUGGUGUUCUGCUGUGUGCAAGUGUGUGUGUGUCUCUCCAGGGUUUUCCUCGCCGCUCACUUCCCUCACCAGGUCAUCGCAGGGGUUUUCUCAGGCAUCCUGGUGGCAGAAACCCUCAGCCGUGCCUGCUGGAUCCUCGAUGCCAGCCUGCACCUGUACUUCCUCACCUCCCUACUCCUCCUCUCCUUGGCUCUCCUCCUCUUCCUCCUCCUUGGCUCUGCGGGUGUGGACCUGCUCUGGAGUCUGGAGAAAGCACGGCGCUACUGCCACCAAGUGGACUGGAUCAACAUGGGCACCAGCCCCUUUGCCAGCCUGUUCAGAAACACCGGCACUCUGCUCGGCCUUGGCCUGGGCCUCCACUCUCCUUUGUGCACUGAGACCAAGAGAGUGGUAGCCGGCAGGCAGGGCGAUGGCACCGCCUACAGGUUCAUCUGUGUAAGUGCAACACUGGUGCUGCUGUACAUGUUUGACUCUGCUUUCAGGCCGGCAGUGCACAGCGGAGCUCUGCUCUACCUGCUGUCCUUCUGCAAAAGUGCCACAGUCCCUCUGGCUGCUGUGGCCUUCGUGCCGUACUGCGUGGCUGCAGCACUGCACGGCUGCAGAGGCAAGAAACAGCUCUGA